CUCCAAAUUACUGCCAACCGUUCUGGAUGAGGAGGCUGUUGAGCCAUUGGCGUCUCCUCUGAUAAGCUCUUGUUACCAUAUAUUUCACAAAAUCGAAGUUCCGAAAGGAGACCAUUGGCAUUUUUAUAUAAAUUCUAUGGCUGCAAAGAGUAGAUUUUUGUGUAAAACACUCGAACCUGUUGGUUUUUCCAUUUUGAUUUUCGGUUUUCGGCCUCUGCAAAUAAUUUACAUGGACAGUAAUAAAGGAAGGUCUUUCUAAAGCACUCGUGUCCAAAAAGUUUACUAGACUUUCAGCCAUCUCAUGGCAAUGUUACUGACUGUCAUCCUAAGAAACUGACUCCUAAAGGAAUCUCGUAUCACAAAAAAAUCAAAGCUAACGGUCACCAAAAAUUCUGAAAUUCCAGUUCCAGACAAAAGUUUACUAAUUAUCAUUUGGAGUUUUCUUUCUCCUUAUCCAAAACCCACAAACGGAGAAUCCCCUCUUUUUAAUCCCACAAAGUAGUCUCAAGUCUCAACCAACCAUCAAAACUUUAACCCCACCUUCCUCUGUAUUUUCCCUUUCAAAAUCUUCUCCAUUGUUGUUUUUUCUCUUCUCAUCCACAAAACUUCUAUUGUUAACUAUUUAGAUUACCAGAAUUCCAAUAAGCUCUGCUAUUUCUCCUUCAUCAAGAGAUACCCAUUAGUCUUUCUCUUCUUUUUUUUUUUUUCAGUUUUUUAGACAAUUUAGAGCUGGCCAGAGAUUUGCCGCCAUUUUUUUUCUUUUUCAAAUUGUACUUGUUAUGUUAACGAGUAUUAGUAAAAGAUGGAGAAACUUUCUAAUAGAGAGAGUAUUCUUUUAGGUUAUAGUCCUCAAAGAAACAUUUCAAACAACCUUCCAACUUCUUCCCCGGAUAGUCCCGAUAUUGAUUUCCAUGAUGUGUUUGGUGGACCGCCAAGGCGGGCGUCAAUUCAGGAGACUAGGUGUAGCUUUGGAGAAAAUGAUACAGAUUCAUAUGCUUUAACAACUUCUUCACAUCGCCAUAGAUGGUCUGGUCUAAGCGAAAGGCCAGUCUUUGGAGAAGAUAGUGCUACUAGAAGGCGGUAUACUAGUCAUGAUUUCUUUGAUGAUAUCUUUAGAGUUAAUGAAUCUUUAAGUACUUCUCCAAGAAAGAAUGAGACGGAUUCAUUUUCUUCCAAUCCUGGUUCAAAAGUUCUAAGCCCUGUUCGACCCUUGCCACCGAGAGCUGCUGAGCCCUUUCCGAGUGCUUCACUUCCAGCACAAUUCAGCCUUCCUGCCAAAUUAAUUAAAGGAACAGACUUGCCAACAUUCGGAUCAAGUGCCCGUAAUCAUCACAAAAAUAAGGAUGGUAAUUCAAAUGCUAUGAGUUCUUAUGCAUAUUCUCCUCUGUCCAGAGUUUCAAGUCAAGAAAACUUAGUUGAGGAGUCGAGAAGUGAUGUUUAUAUUAAGAGCUCUUUAUCACGAGAACCAUCUGUUAACAGUUUAGAGUCAAGCCUAGAGAAACCUGAUGAAAUGGACAAAGGCGGCAAUUUGAAAAAGGACUCAAGUGAAACAAGCAAUAGCAACCGGUUUCAUUUUUCUAUUUAUAAAUGGGCAAGCAAAGGGGUACCCCUAGCAUUGCCUCUUAGAGGAGGAAAUACUUCAAAAUUGAAAGAGAAAGUUAAAUUAGAGAGAAGCUCAAGCACUUCUGGAAGAGUAGCAUGCGAAGGUAGGGCUAAGGAGUUGCCUACAUUGACUUCUCAGGAUAUUGAUCGUCCCUCAUAUACAUGGAGUAAUUGCAUAUCAACGGAUGCUAAGUCUUCUGAGAUUGAACUUGAUAAGAAAGAGAGAGGCUUCCUUCUCAUGACUAGCACGACGCAUGGUAGGGUAGAAGAAGGACAGACUGUUGAGGAGGCAGCUCUUAAAUCUGAGCCUGAAAACCAAAGAGCUCGUCAAGAAACUGUUAAAGAUAGUGCUGGUAACAAUAUUUUCCGGGAUUCAAAAGGGGAAAGAAAAACUCAUUCUGUCAUUGACACGGGAAAGUCUGGAAAAAGAGGAGAGAAAAUUCCAGAGGUUACACGAGAAACUCCUGAGACUGAGUUAAAAACAUUACAUUCUCUUAUGUUAGGAGCUGACGAGAUAACUAUCAAAAAUGAAUUAAAAGAAAGCAAGGUGAAAAGCACCAAAAGAUCAGCAGCGGUAUUUAAUGUUAGUGAGAAAGUGAAGAAACAAGUUGAAGCAAGAACUAUAUUGAAUGGUAGUGAAAUGGAUAAAGCAAACCUGCAAGGUUCACCCAAAGAAUCAAAUGGUGGCCUCACAAAGAAUCGAGGUAGGCAAAAGGUCAAGGAAUUUGUUAAGAUUUUCAAUCAGGAAGCUUCAGGCAAACCCACAUUCAACAGUGACUCUCAAAGUCCUCAAAGUCAGAGCUCUAGGUGGAAGGAGAGGGGCAAAUUCAAGCCAGAGGAGGACCCAAGUGUUGCCCCAACUAAACUAGAUGACAAAGUGCAUUUGCCUAAUGGAAACAAGAACCAUAAACCACAUGCUUCCAUCAGGGUAAAUGAAUUUCUUAAGCAGUUUGAGAAACAGCAUUCUGAGACAAGGAGCCACAACCAUGAGCCAACUGAUAUUUCUUCUGGACUCAAAGAUAAAUCAGCGUCAACUGCAGCAUCAAUUCCUGAUGGCUCAAAAGCAGUACUUGAAGAUCCAGAUGAUUCCUUCCAAGGGAAUAUCCUGAUUAAAGAAUUACCCCAGGAUGAAAAUGAACUUCCACAAGCUGGUGAUAACCAGGAAGUGUUCCAGGAUAUUGAUACUAAAAUUCGGAAGUGGUCAGAUGGAAAAGAAGGGAACAUCCGUUCGCUGCUGUCAACUUUACAAUAUGUCCUUUGGCCUGAAAGUGGAUGGAAACCUGUGCCUCUUGUAGAUAUAAUAGAAGGAAAUGCAGUGAAAAGAUCAUAUCAAAAAGCCUUACUCACUCUACACCCAGAUAAACUACAGCAGAAAGGUGCUACAUCACAUCAAAAAUACAUAGCAGAAAAAGUUUUUGAUGUUCUUCAGGAAGCAUGGACUCAUUUCACUUCAGUUGGUUCAAUGUGACCACCCAUGAUGCUCAAUGGAAUUUUGAGUUGUAUUUUCGACAAGUCCACCAAUCAAAAAAGACGUUUGCUUCUACAUAAGUGCAUAAGACAGCAUACACUUGUAAGAAAACUACAUUUUGGACUAUUUAUAGGUCUUUUUUUCUGGUAUGCUGCUUUGUAUUGGACGUACCUGCUUGGCUUAUAUAGUACAUUGAAGAUGCCAAGCUGGGGUUUCUUUUUCACAUUCCUCUCAAAAAGUAAUUAAAUUUCCUCUUUUCUUCUUUUUCUUCGUUAAACGCAUCAAAAUACCUUUUUUUUCUCUCUAUUGCCUUUUAUUUGGAGUAAUAGAGAUUUUGUAAGUAGUCUAUCGUUGUAAAAUUGGUUUGUUGGAUCACAAUGAUUAUGAUAUAGAUGUGAGUUCCUCUUCCAUCUAA